UUUGGAGGGGGAGUGGGACCUGUCUGCGACUGUUUGCCUAUUCACAAAGUAAGAGGCCAGCUCAAGACGCCGGGGAAUCAGAAGGGUUCGAGUGACCGCACGUGCAGCAUCAACGGAAAGAUGAGCAAACCCCAGCGGCAACCAUUACCAUUCAAUAUCAUUCCGCUAGAGGAUGAAGUCCAAAACAAGAUUGCCAGGGACUUUGCCGGCAAUCCAAACGGCCUGGUUUCAUGCAACCACUGGGGCUUCAAGCUGUCAGCGACCGUGACUGAACAGGAGGUGGAGGACAUGUUCAACCAUCCUCUGGACCCACGUGACGUGUGGGUGGUGACGCCUCCCAAGUGUGGAACUACUUGGACCCAGGAGAUGGUCUGGCUGAUCGCCAACGAUCUUGACUACGAGGGUGCCAAGACGCCGAUUACGUCCCCUUUCAGGUGGAGUUUUAUGGAGUUCAAGGCCGUUCUGGACAAAGGGUUUGUCGCCAAGCUCAGAACUCAGGGUGUCAUCCCGAACGGCCCCGCAGCUGCCAGCGAUCCAAACCGACCCUCCCCGCGGUUCGUCAAGUCGCACCUGCCGUUUUCUCUCAACAACCCGCGCCUUCUGGAUACCUGCAAGGUGGUCUACGUGGCCAGGAAUCCCAAGGAUGUCUGUGUCUCGCUCUACCACCAUAUGAGGCUGCUGCGUCUGCACGAUUUCAUGGGGAGCCUGAAGCUGUUUAUGGAGUACUUCAUGGAAGGGAAUAUUGUCGAAAGCGGGACGAUUGAGCACAUAAUCGAGGCGUGGAACCUGAGACACCACCCCAACCUUUGCUUCCUCUUCUACGAGGACAUGAAGAAGGAUCUGAUUGCGCAGAUCCGCAAGGUGUCCAAGUUCCUGGGGAAGGACUACUCUGACGAACAGGUGGACAAGCUGGCAGAACAUCUUCACUUUGACAACUUCAAGAAGAACCCGUGGGUGAACUAUGAGUACAUGAAGGCGCUUGGUUUGAUGUACCCGGACCGAGGGAGCUUCAUCAGGAAGGGUAAGGUAGGUGACUGGAAGAACCACUUCACCCCCGAGAUGACGGAAAAGUUUGACAAGUGGAUGGAAGAAAAGAUGAAGGGAACUGACCUGGUUUUCAUAGAAGAUCUGGACGAACAGGAUUAGGGAACAUAACCUACAUGAAAGCGCUCAUGGGAUGCAUAGGCCACUGCUCAUGCAAUGUCAAGUGUAUGCGUCUGUGGACCGUGC